CUUCCUAUUUUCUAAUUAAAGCGCGCGAAGCUGCAUUUUUCGUCCUGCCCGGCGGACCAAGAGCUGAUGUCGGUUAUCGAGCAGCAAGAACGGUCGCAAGCUUGGCCGCAGCUGCUACCAGAGCUUGCGGAACACAUAACCAGUUUCCUGCCGCCCAACGAGGUCGCCUGCACCGUGCGACUCGUUAACAAGGCCGCAGCCGUGCAGUUCCGCGCCUAUACUAUCGUGCGACUGUCUUCACCCGUGCCCGAGCAUGCCUUCAAGCAACAGUGGUGCCGCCCUGGCGCUACGCGAGGACUGACGCUUAAUCAACGGCAGAAGCUGCUGUGUCUGACAGCCCGCAGCGGCUGCAUCCCCAACCUUGAAGUGAUCAUUGCAAACGUGGGGAUUCUCCUUCUCACGGUAGAGGUGAUGAGGGCUGCCGCCUCUGCUGGUCAGCUAAAGGUGUGUCAGUUGCUUUGGCAGCACGGAUGCCCCUUUGAGGGUGCUCUAAGGGCUGCAGCAGGAGCAGGCCACCAGGACAUCUGCGAGUGGCUACUGGACAACGGCGGCCUUGAUGACACUCAUGCUGUGUACACUGCUGCUCGUGGGGGCCAUGUGGGGCUGUUGAAGUGGCUGCUGCAGCAAUUUAGAGAGCCAGAGGAGGUGAGGAGGUGGGUUGAUGCUGUGGAGCUGUGCUCAGCUGUUGCUACAGGUUGUGGACUGCCGGAGCUCCAGUGGCUGAUGGGGAAGUGGCAAGAGCGGCUGCGGCUGCAUGAGUUGCAAGAGCGAUACAAGUCUGAUAUCGUUGGAGGCGCUGCCAGAAGCUCUACUCCCGACUGGAGGGAAAAAGUGGAGUGGCUGGAGGAACAAGGCUUCCACACAACAACGGGUGUCUCCUACUGUGCUGCUGCAUGCACAGAUGCACUGGACCGUCUGAGGUGGCUCCACAGCAAGGGCUACAAACUGGAAGCGGAAGCGGCUCUGUACCUUGCCAGGAAUGGCAAUGUGCAGGCACUUGAGUAUCUGCUAUCAGAAGAAGUGAGGCCGGAGGACUGGUGCUCCCGUAUGGCCUUUGCAUGCGGCCUUCAGGCGGCUGCAGGAGGCCACCUGGCCGCCCUGCAGCUGCUGCAUACCCACGGCUGUCCCAUGAAUGAAUACAUAUUAGAACGUGCAGCCCAGGGCGAGCAGCUCCAUGUGUUGGUCUGGCUGGUGGAGGAGCUGGGAGAAGCGGUACAGCUGAGUGCUAAAACCUUUUCUGCAGCUGCAAAGUCGUGCAACGUGGCACUGCUGUCCUGGCUGCGUGAGCGGGGCUGCCCCUGGGAUGGAGAGGCCUUUGUUAAGGCUGCAAGGGCAGGUGGUGAGGAGGCGCUGGAGUGGUUGGUGGAGCAGGGCUGCCCCAUGCCGGAUGAUGGCAACUGCUACGUCUCCGUGGCUGUGAACGGCGACCUGGCCACCCUGCGCUGCCUGCGGCGGCUGGGCUGCCCCUGGGGCCCGCCCGGCCACGUCUACUCUGGCUGUGUUGACCGGGGCUGCCAUGCCUCCGUGCUGGAGUGGCUGCGACAGGAAGGCUGCCCGGUUGAGGUGUAGGGGGCAUUUGUGAGGACAUGGACAUGCAGGAGGACAUGGAUGACGGGUGUGAGGAGGAGGCAUACCUCUGGUGGAUGGAUGGAUGGAUGAGAUGAUGAUGUUGGGUGGCAGGAAAGAGGGAAAUAGGGACGAGAGGUUUCUAGGUUGGAGUGAAGAGUGACGUACAAGGCGAG